UUUUCAAGCAGCUUCUAAAGGCUGAGGGUGAUCAGUACUAUGGAGGCCCUGAGGGUGCGUUGCCCUCUUGUGGCCCAGUUUUGUGACUGUUUCUUGGGUCCGAUUUAGCUUUCAACGAUAUUUUACAGCAUUUUCUGCAACAACAACAAAUGUUUAUUCUGUGGUCAUGUGAUGAUAAUUUGUACUUUACGAAUGGGAAGAUGGCGGAUGUAUCCUGAUUUGUUGUCGUUUUAACUUUUGCAAAAUGGUUAGUUUAAGCGAAGGCAGAGGCGGUCACUCGCAUUCAUUUAGUGACAUUGUUAGUGCCCCAGACACUCCUGGCUCCCACAUUUCCAGCAUCUCAAAAGAACAACUACUGCAACAGCAACCAACUCAUGCCAAGAUAUUUAGAAAUGCUAGUUAUGUCACAACCAUUACAACAAAAUCUGCAGCCAUUGUACAGGCAUUUGUUUUUGUUGCAUUUGAAGUUGCUAUCUUUAUCCUCUCUGAUGUUUUGAAAACACAAUUUAUGGGAGGAGUGGAUCCUCCAUUUGCACUGCUAACAUCCAUUCAUGUUGGAGUUUGGCUGAUUGUGGUAAUAAUAGAUCGAUAUCUACACUACCAUCACCGGCUUCUCAGAACUUAUGGUUACCUUGCUUUCUACACAGAAACAAAGGACAUUCGCAGAUUCCCAUUAUGGGUGAUUUCCAUUGGAAAUGCUGUUCUCCUAGUGAUUGUAUCCAUUCUUGGAAGAAAGUCUUCUAAAGUGAAUCUUAUUCUCCUUUUCAAAAUUAUUGUCUCGGUUGAAUUGGCUGUUGCCUUAAUUACAACCAUUAUUUAUAUUGCUAAAGUUUCCAGAUUCAAUAAAGUGAAGAAACUUCCAGAUGCUUUUCAACAGAAAGUGGUUGGUGGUUUUGUUGAGGAAAUGUAUGUUUCUCCUGAUAUUGGAUUCAGAAAUCAAGAUAACCUUGACGAAGUGCUUGAAAAGCAAACAGAAAUGAUCCGGUAUCUACAGCAACAUAAUGCCAUUCUUGGGAAGAAAAUUGUGGAAGUGACACAGCAAGUGCACCAGCUGCGCAAUAACAGGUAAACAUGGAACCCUGGUUCUGCUUGAACGUGUACCAACUGGGCCUUUAAGUGCCAAAUGUCUCUCUGUAAUGCGCCAAAUAAACACACUGUAACAUUUUGCUAUUUGUUUAACUAGAACUGUAAGUUAUUCCUAACGCAUAAAUUUUGCUAAUCGGUUUGCGUGUUAUACAUAGAAUGAAAAGUAUCUUAAUUUCUUUCAAACAGUUUGUAUGCAAAGCUAAACAUAUAAAGCUUACUUUAUAUUGACGAAAGUUACCGAGAAUUAUAAUUCUCAAUUGAUAUCUUGCGAGAAAGAUUUGAAUUCUCUGUGCGAAUUGUUGAUGAGCUUCUGCAACUUGAUGCCCACUGAAAAGGAAAGCUGACUAUUAUGUAAAUAUAUCGAGCCGACACGUUAGUUCCAACCCGUUGUAUCUGUAUAUGGAAGGAAACACCAGCAGUUGAAA